GCGUAGAUUUUCGCUCAUAGACAUCGAUUUUUUUAGCCGAUAUCUAUGAGUGCCUUUUUUUCGUUAAUAGACAUCGAUUUUAACAUCGGUUUUUAAAACCCGGUAUCUAUGAUAGUUUCCUUGUUCUAUCUACGAAAUCGGAUAGUAAAAACCUGUUGUUAAAAGUAGUGUUAAUGAACCAAAAUAAAAUAAUUUAAUUUUCCCACCAAUACUUAGCCAAAAUUUACAACACUUUACUCUUCCCUCCAAAUCUAAACCUAUAUCACGCCGUCCACCGUAUACCGUCGCGACGUCACCACCACUUUCCUCCUCGCCGCUGGCCGUCCGACCAUCUCCCUCUUCCCCUUCCUGUUGCUCGAGUAUUUAUGUAAACAUAAGCACCAAAAUGUUUCACCGCUUCCCAUUUUUCUACCACUUGAGGCGACACCAAGAGGCGACGAAGGAGGAUGAGGAGGAGGAGGGAGGGAGCGAGCGAGAGAGCAAGGAAUCACCUACUUUUUGCUUCUUGAAUCCACCUCAUUGCUCUAAAAUUUUGCUUCCUCUGUUUUUAUUUUGCUUUCCGAGUAGAUCUGAUCGCCCCUGCCAACUGACAAUUGCCCUCCCUGCCUUCUCAAUUCGAUGCUUGAUGAGGCUCUCGGUCAAGAACCUCGUGUUCUUCUUCGCCGUGGUUUUCUUGAGGUUUCUCUCCUCCGGCGUGCUGACGCCAUCGGUGCUUGAUUCGUCGGUGGAGGGUGAACCAUGGCUAGUCAAUGCUGCAGCAGUUGUUUCUUGUUCUCCCUCCUCUUCUUAUCCACAUCAGUUUUCUCUUUCAGCUGCGCCUGUUAUCCAGGUCUGUGAUGCAGAGAACGAGAGUGGACUCCGCUCGUUGUCCAACGAUCUAGUACCCUUCCGGAAGGCUCUAACAAGUCUCGGAAAGAGAUCGAUCUUGAGUUUGGAUGAAAAUUCAAGAAAAAAAGUGAGCUACAAAGUCAAAGAAGCAAGAUAAACUUAUACCCUCACCGUCUUUCUUGAAAAGGAUAUGCAGUCCAGUGUUUUAUGUGAUGACGAUGAGAUAAACAGAACCAUCCUCUGGAAGAGAGGGCGGCUCAACAAAGAAGGGGAAUUUGUUGGUGAUGAGUUGAAGCAAACAGUGAAUAAGAUUAUAAAAAAAAAUGCAGAUGUGCUUGUUGUUUAUGGCCUGUCAUCAGCAAAUACAUCUUUAACACUCGCAAAAGCUAUGCUUCUGCAAGAUCAGACAACUGUCGUGGCAAUAGUGACAAUAGAUACGAAUUGGAUGAAUGCUUUGAAGGCUUUACUCUACUUCAUCUUGCAUGACUAACUUCAAAUAUGGGCAUGGUAGAGCUCCUACUGCAGUAUGGUGCAAAUGUUAAUUCCACUGAUGUGAGAAGGAUACCACUUCACCAUUGUAUUCUUAUAGGUAGACACUCAUUAGCCAAACUACUACUGAAAAGGUGAGUUGUCCUAUUCAUAUACUUUUGAGUGUAUGACAACAUCUUAUUUGAAAUAAGACUCAUGGUAAUUAUUUUUCAGAUAUUUA